AUGGUAGUUCAUGAACAGAAUGAGUCGGUGACCCAUUGCCUUGCUGGGUGCCGCUUAGUUUGGCCCUGUUGGCAGCAGCUGGGUUUCGAUAUAUUAGCUCCAAGUUCAGAAUCAUUUCAGGCAUGGGUUAGGGGUUCUAUCUUUCAACUGAAUGAUGAUCAGAGAUGCCGCUUUUUUAUGCUAUGUUGGGCAAUAUGGAGGCGUCGGAAUGAGUGGGUAUGGAGGAAGAAAAGAGGGUCUAUCCAAGAGAUUCUCUAUGUGGCCGAUUGCAGUCUUCAGAACUGGAUACAAGCUCAAGACAAGGAGCUGACCCCUAUGCCUUCGUUCCUAUCUGGUGAAGAUGGAGUUUCGUCUUGGAAGAAGCCGCCUGUUGGAAAGCUAAAAAUAAAUACAGAUGCAGCAAUGUUUAUUGAUUCUCAGUGCUUUAGCUUCGCAGGCGUUGCCAGGGACGAAGAUGGGAAGGUGGUGGAAGCAAUUUCUUCGUGCCGAUCGGGGGUGGUUUCGCCGGAGAUAGCAGAGGCGAUCGGGAUACGCGAGGUAUUGAGCUGGGUUAAGCGGAAGAAAUGGCCGAAUGUGAUGAUCGAAACAGAUAGUCUUCUGUGUGUGCAAGCUCUUCGAAGUUCUAUUGUUAUGGAAUCAUACUUUGGUGGGAUUAUUGAUGAUUGUAAGCUUCUCUGUGAGAAGCUGGGUUCGGUUUCAAUUUCAUUUGUAAAGCGCUCUGCUAAUAGAGCUGCUCAUGCAAUUGCAAGGGCUGCCUCUGUAAUAGCUGACCGUGUUUUGACUAUUGAGGGUCUACCCUCUACUGUAUUGGCUAUUGUCCUGGAAGAAAGUAUUUAA